CAAACCCCUUCAUUGUGGCACUGUGGUGUGAGCCAAAGAGACCCACAACGGACCCACGGCUGCAAUGGCGACGGCGGACGAGGGUUCGGAAGAGUUGGUGCACAAUUACCGGACGUGCGGCAAGAGGCCUGAAGGGAGGCUGGCCCGUGGCUGCCGCACAAGACCGUGGCCUACCGACCCCACCUCACCGCUGCCCCCUCCAUCCAACCCAUCGAUACCCACAAAGGUGAGGCCGGCUGAUCCGCCGGCAAAUGCACUCACUCGUCGAUUGCCUUACUUAUCUGUCUGCCUGUCCGUCUGUCGCAAGGCAGAGACCAUUCUUUAUCCCGGCGCGCGUGAGAAGAAGGGAUUUGGUUCCAAUUCUCUGCGAUUCAUGGACCUUUUCGUAAGCAAACAACCGAGGAGCGUUCAUUCACUUCACUGCCCCGCCAUACAUAUGUAAGACGAUGCAUUGCAUGUUCGUUCGGAUGCGGGGAUGCAGGAUGAGAAUCCCGGUCCAGGGGCCUACACCUCUGUGGGCAGUUCGACGUCCCCAUCGGUCCAGCUCGAGAGGGAGACAUUCAAUCGCAAAGGGUUCGGAGGACUCAUUUCAAAGGUGACUGGAGAAUCGAACCGAGGUUAUCUUUCUUUCCCCCUCCCUCCUUCCGUCAUUUCAUCCGCUCACUUUGCCUGCAUGCUGUCGUCAGAGCGAUCGAUUCUCCCAAUCCAUGACUCGCCCGAAGGCCGGGCCUGGACCGGGGCAAUACGACCCGUAAGCAUGGGAGGUUGUCAAUUCCCCGACUCGCGCAAACAAUAAUAUCCUCCUUUGCUUGUGCCACAACAGGCUACAAUCGAGUCGCAGCAGCGAGGCCCACAGCAGGGUCCCGGGCGCCUCGUCGUCGUUUCGCCACCGGUCAUCCGGCAACCCCAAAACACUGUUCAAGGCCCCUCAGCCAGGCCCGGGCAGCUACGAUAUCUCUCACCGCCCGGACGCACCCGUAAGGACACCUCUGCGUGACGCAAUCGCGGCUGUACGUGUCUCUGCGCACACAUGUGUAUACGCAGGCAGAGGGCAGGGGGCUGGGGGGAUGCAACUUUCGGUCUCGGUCGGAGAGGACACUGCGGAUGAGACACACGGAAGGACCGGCACCAGGUAGGUCGGCAAGCCAUGCGUGGAUGAGUGAGACAGGCAGGGAGAGUCGUGCGCUUUUCCGGUUUUUCUGUCUGUUUUGAAGACUAUUACGACAUCCCAAGGGCCUUUCCAAUGCGCGAGCCCCCACCAAGGGGCAAAGCCUCCUCGGCAAAGAGGCACGUCAACCAAUCAGACACUCACGAACGAAAAGUCUUAGUUUCUACUGGGCUAUGUGCUGCUGGUGUCUUGUCUUGGCUUGCAGGAAAGCGCGUCUCGACAGCUCACCAAAGACCGACCGUGCACCCUCCCCGCCGACAGCCAAGACGCCGUCCCCCGGGAGCAGCCCUGUCUCACGGUCGCCUCUGCGGGAACGGCCACACCCAUCCUACGCACCCAGAGGCCAACACAAAGUGUACGCAAACCUGAUAGAUAGACCGGAUAGACAGGCGACUGUUGGCGGAAUGCAGUAUGUCCACCAAUCGUGAGUUCCCCAUCGCCGGCGAGUUCUCCACUCUUACUGCACCUGACGGCGAAUUCGUCCGGGAGAUACGGUGAGAAGGGGGCAAGAGACAUGACCCACCCCUGCCAGACAUAGUCACCCAUGUUGUGUGUGUCUCUUCCAUGUUUGUAGAGGCGCCGUAGGGGGAGAUGGCGCCCGUCUGCCCGGCCCGGGUGCCUACGACACCCGCGAGUCCUACAAGUGGGCGGAGUGGAAGCCGUCCUUCUCCACGCGAGGCUUGGCGGCCUUCCAGCACGGCAAGGCCCACCUGCCUCGCAAGAAGACGCAGCACCUCCCGGGACCUGGUGCGUACAGCCCGCGGCAGGAGACGGUGGAGGCAUGGGCGAGGGGGGGAGUGGUGUCUGUCUUCCAAUCACAGAGCGGCAGGUGGGUCUCGAUGGACGGAGGUAUGCAUCGCAUCGGGACUCUCUCUUUGCGUGUCCGUGUGUCAGGACGGAUUUCGUGCACCGAGCUGCUCCCGGGCCUGCCUUCUACGAGGUGAGUCUUGUCCGAGCCGCUGAGUUGCUGGUAGGUGGGUGCUCAUGAUGUGUGUACGUGUUUGUGUGCAGCCGCGGAAUGUCUCCACGCUCAAGUCAUUCCACCUGAAUCUGCAGAGAAGAUGGGUGUAGAGACACACCGGGCCCUGCGGUUCUCUCGCUGACUCUGCGUUUUUCUCGUCGAUGGCAAACAGAUUCUCUCAGGCGCAUGUCUGUAUGUCUUUCUGUAUGUCUGUUAUGUCUGCCUGCACAAACACGGGAUACUUCCGACUCACGUAAGGCAUGCACGCCAGCCACCGAGGGAGGGAGAGAGAAGAAGACAUGCCCACACCGCGCCACGCCCGCAUGCGUCUGUCUCCCAGCUGGGCCCCGACCGCUCCGCACCUCAGCAGAACAAGAGCCCAGAUAGAUACGCACACACACCGAGUGAGAAGGAAUGUCAGCAAAAGAGUGGAAGGAAAGAGAGAGAGACAGAGAGAGAGACAGAGGAAUGAGG